AUGGUCGCCGCAGAAGCUCAUCAAUUUGAUCAGCAGCAGUUCGUGCAGAAUCAUAAUAUGGAAACCUCUUCUCCCAAAAUGAAGGCAGAGCCCGGCAUGACCGAAACGGGUGACCAUCAGGUCCUCUCGUUCCCGCCUCAUGCCGCCAUGAACCAGAUGCCGAACAUUCACCAGGACAUGCGCUACGCCCCGCAGACGCAUCCUGGUGCUGGGUUUCUGCAAAAUCCUUACGGCGCCGGGCCGUUCGCUACUGGUCCGCAGAUCCCGAAUGGUGCCCCUCCCCAAGGACGAACGGAUCCUCCUCCCAAAACGUUUCACUGCGCGACCUGCAGCAAGGGUUUUGCUCGACGCAGCGACCUGGCAAGGCACGAGCGUAUCCAUUCCGGCGUCCGACCUCACGCAUGCGAUUGGCCGGGCUGCGGAAAGCAGUUCAUCCAGCGCUCUGCUCUGACGGUUCACUCUCGUGUUCAUACGGGCGAGAAGCCACACAUGUGUGAACGUUGUGGGAAGCCUUUCAGCGAUUCGUCUUCGUUGGCCAGGCACCGCAGAAUCCACUCCGGGAAACGACCGUACAAGUGCCCCUAUGCGAACUGCCAAAAGACUUUCACUCGUCGCACUACAUUGACGCGCCACCAAAACCACCACACAGGCACGAUCGAAGAGGCCGCGGCGGAAACCGAAGCCAAUCUCCGACAGAAUAAAGAAAGGGCGCGAGUCGGCGAGGGGAUGUUCUCGGAGCACGGUUCGGUGUCGUUACACUCGACUCCCUCUCCGGCGCAUCAUCCUAUCUCUCCAGCUGGUGACCUCCCUCCUUUGAACAUGUCGCGCUCCGAUUACUACAUGGGCAGCGGACCUAUUCCGCCCCAUGUUCGCGGAGACUUUUCGCAGGCUAGCCCCCGAGCAUCUCCCACGGCCACCUCUCCGUCUCUGUCCAGCUUCAGCAGUGCUCCCCUGCCUCGACCUUCCAUGACCUCCCAUCCUUCGGGUUACGCCCCCCCUCAGCCUCUGGAGCCCCCUGCCAACAAUGACCACCGGCCGAACAGCGUUAGCGGCAGUCCUCAUAUGUCAAACUUGGGCUGGGCCUCGCCCUCUCACGGUAGCAUCCCGUCUCCUGGCUCCGCGCACGACUUCGGUUAUCCUGAGCCCAACGGACCGGCGUAUGCCAGCUCCAUGCCUCCCCACAUGUACUUUCCCAACUCGACCAUUCGGCGACCCACCAGUACUGAACCCGAGAACUAUGAGAUGAAGCCUAAACUUGGCGAACACUCAUGGACUACUCCGGUAUAA